GUUAACUGAUCUGGCUUGCCAUUAUAAGGCACCUUCUUAGUUUAGCAAUUUUACAUAUCAAUAUAAAAAUGGUAACCUUUAUUAAAAGAGGAGUGUAUGAGUAAAGAAGAUUUAAGAUUUUUUGGAUUAACAUCUGUGAUAGGAGCUCUUACGGGUUGUAUUUUAAGUUUUACAACUUUGCAACCUUCAGCUGCAGGUGGUGGUGUUGGUCUUGCACCUAUAGCAGUGAUGUAUAUAAGAUCUGUAUUAAAUGAAGGAGUGCCUAGAAAUAAAAAAAUUCAGAUUGAAUUAGGCAUAGCAGCAAUUACUGCUAUAGCGGUGGGAGUUACUAUUGGUGCAGUUGCAGAUUCUAACAUGUCAAAUACAUGGUUAGCUACUUUAGUUGGUACAAUAAUAGGAACAACAGCAACAGUUGCUGGUGAUACUAUAAGUAGCAUAGCAGGCUCUGUACUUAAAGACCCUGAAAGUGAAAGCCUUUCAAUAAGUCCCAGUUUUGUAUGAGAUUUCAUUGUGUUUUGAGG